AUGGAAGUGUGGGGUUCUGCCACAAAUCCACCUUCAGGGCCAAUCAAUGUCCUCGACUAUCUCAGGAGUAUUAGCGGUCGACAAACAGUCAUUGGCAUGCAUAAUCGAGAGCCUAACUCUUCGCCAGCUGUACAGACAAAUGCGGUCUACAGUAUCACGAAUCGUUGGCCAGGACUUUGGAGUGGAGAUUUUCUUUUCACUGCGGAUGAUGUUAACAAUCGAUGGACAAUGAUCAAUGAAGCACUAAAUCAGUGGAGAAGUGGUUCGAUCAUUAAUAUCAUGUUGCAUGUCGUCCCUCCUACUCAGUCCGAACCUGACAAUUGGAAUGGUGGAGUAGUUAGUCGUCUGAGCGAUGCACAGUGGCACGAAUUGAUUACGGACGGCGGUACACUCAACAGAGCUUGGAAAAUACGACUAGACAAUUAUGCACAGUACUUGCAGUAUUUAAAAGACAGAAGUGUUCAAGUUCUAUUCAGACCCUUCCAUGAAAUGAAUCAAGGGGUUUUCUGGUGGGCCGGCAGACCAGGUUCUAGUGGCACGGCAGCCUUGUUUCGUCUAACUCGUGAUUAUCUGGUUAAUACGAAAGGUCUUACAAAUCUCAUCUGGGUUUGGAAUAUGCAAGAUCUAGAUCUUAACUGGAGUGUCUACAAUCCCGGAAAUAACUAUUGGGAUAUCUUCUCACUCGAUGUCUAUAACGGAGAUGGCUUUACCACACAGAAGUACAACACAGCCAUGAGCGUUGCUAGCGGCAAACCAAUAGCUAUCGGUGAAUGUUCUACUUUACCGACCUCGUACCAACUGGCAUCUCAACAGAAUUGGGUUUUCGUUAUGAGUUGGGCAGAACUUACGUUCAGCAGCAAUACGAACGCACAAAUUCAAGCUCUUUAUAGCGCAUCCAACGUCAUAACAAAAGACGAAUUGCCAAAGUUUUAUUGA